CACAUGUUGCUUUACUUGAUUGAACUGCUGCUGCAGCUCCUGCCUACCUUUCCUUUCUUUGCAUUGUACGUCCAUUGUUGCCACUGCAUCUGUAGUUUCUGCCACCUGUGGCUGCGCUCCUAUUCCCUCUACGCCACAGAGAGAGAGAGAGAGAGAAAACAAAAAAGGGGAGCUGAUAGAGGUCGGGGAGGAGGAGGAGGAUAUCUUUCAUGAUAAGUGGACUUCUGACAGAGAGAUCCCCGCUGCAUACCCAGUAGAACCAAAUGAAAGAUUCCUAAAACCAGCACCAUGCCAGGACUCAUUAACAAGGAAAACCGGACUGCUCUGCCCCUCAGUGUCUCUGACAUAACUUCCUGUGUCAGGGGUUAUACUCUGGCCUUGACAGCCUCUAUGACCUAUGAAAAUAUUGAGGAUCAUGCAAUUGAGGGGAUCUUCAUUUAUCCACUGGAGGAAAAUGCUAUUGUUGUGGGGUUUGAGUCUAUGAUAUCCAGUCAGAUUAUAACACUUCAAAUCAAAGACAAGGCAAAACUUGACGACUGUUAUCAGGAUUGCUGCAACACAUCCAAUGGAGCCCUUCAGAGUGGCAGCGGACACAUAGUGAUUGAUGAGGAUUUGGAGAGGACAGUGUUAGUGGUUAACCUCGGGCUCAUCCCUCCUAUGGAGACGGUCCAUAUUCUGGUUAGUACCUCGGCUGAGCUCUCCACCCUGCCCAAUGGAGGCAUCAGGGUCUCAUCCCCACCAGUGUGUACUCCUCGGGUACAGAGGACCAUCAACGAGGAGCAGGGACUAUCCCCAAACUUCUCCAGAACGCGGGACAGGCAUAGUUGUGCUUCAAGUCCUCACGAUCAAACUCCCAACUCCCCUCAGCUGUGGUUGGCUUCACUGCUGGAGGAGGAGGCCAUCAACUCCAUGGACUACGAGUUUAACUUCCAGCUGGAGAUACGGGCUCCUUAUCUCCUCGCAGGUGUAGAGAGCCCGUCUCACGCUAUCCGAGCUGAUGCAGACCCUCUGGCUCGCUCUGCCACAAGUGUCGUUAUCACUCUGGCUGACAAGUACACUUACGACUGUCCUGUCAAAAUCCUCAUCUACCCCAGUGAGCCACAUCUGCCACAUGUGCUGAUUGAGAACGGAGACAUGACGCAGGACGAGUAUGAUGAGUAUUUUCACGGCCGCAGUGAUUUCAUCAAGGCCACCAAGAAGGACUCCAGCAAUGAGAGGAAAGUAGAUAUAAUUCACAGGCGACUCCACAAGGACAUCCUCCACAACCCUGUGGUCAUGUUGAACUUCUGCCCUGACCUCAAGUCCAUCAGCUCCGACCUGAGGAAGGUUCACGGCGAGUUCAUCUUCCUGAUCGACCGCAGCGGCAGCAUGAGUGGUGUCAACAUCAACCGUGUGAAGGAUGCCAUGGUGGUGAUUCUCAAGAGCCUCGUGCCAGGCUGCCUUUUUAACAUCAUCAGCUUUGGCUCCACAUUCAAAUCCCUCUUCACAACCAGCCAGAAGUACGAGGAGGAAGCCCUCGACCUGGCCUGUGAGUAUGUUAGGAAGAUCAGAGCCGACAUGGGGGGGACCAACAUCCUGGCACCGCUCAAGUGGAUCCUGAGGCAGGCGAUGUUCACCGGACACCCCCGCCUACUCUUCUUGCUCACCGACGGGGCCGUCAGCAACACAGGCAAAGUAAUCGAACUGGUCCGCAGCCACGCACGUUACAUUAGAUGUUUUACGUUCGGCAUAGGACAGAGUGCUUGCAGGAGGCUGGUGCAGGGACUGGCGACAGUUUCCAAAGGAACAGCAGAGUUCCUGGUUGACGGAGAGAGGCUGCAGCCCAAGAUGAUAAAGUCCCUGAAGAAAACCAUGUCUCCGGUCCUCAGUGACAUUUCCAUCGAGUGGCUCUUUCCUGAGACCAAAGAAGUGCUGCUGUCCCCUGUGGGAAACACCUUCCUGUUUCCAGGGGACAGUCUGAUUGGCUACAGUGUGGUUUGCGACACCACCCGCUACCAUGCCAACCCCAAAUCUGACAAGAGGAGACGAUACAGCAUGAUGCGCUCCAUCGAGUCAGCCAGCUCCGUGUUUUACCACUCUCAAGAGGAGGACCCGGUGAAGACGAGUAGUGACAGUCAGGGGUCCUACAGGGAAGCAUCUCUGUAUGAUUCCUACCAGGACUCCAUGACAGACAACCCUGCCACCCAAGAGCAAGACACCAUGGGGUUUGAUAACAAGACGUCUCCAAGAAGGCGCGCAUACAGCACCAACCAGAUAAGUGACUACAACCCGGCAAAAAAGGUCUACACUCCCAGUGAUCCCAGCUCUGUGGUGGCUAAGAAUCCACUGAGGAGAGCCAAAGUCCAGGAGCUGAUAGGCCAGAUGAGCCCUGAGCACGAGGCCCAGUGGAGGAGCGACUACCAGCCACAGCUGGCAAGCCUGUGUGCCUCAUCUUCGAGAGGGCGCCCUGCCAGCUGUCCCAGGCCGCUCCCUCAACAGGAGCCGCCCUUACAGCAAGAAGCCGACUCAGAGCUUCAUUUCUAUUCCCAGCCUCAGGACAACCCACAGCCCAGCGGUGUUAGCGCGCCGCCAGCAGCUCGCAACUCCGCUGGCGAAGAUGGAUCCAGAUCAUCCACUGACAGCCCUUCUGUGGGCAGCGUCGGAGACACAGAUGGCUAUGGACAUCAGUUAUGUCAAGCAGAAACCCCACAAGAGAGCCACAUUUCAGAUCUGGGUGCAGCCAGCCAGCUGAAAGGCGACUGCAAGGCCGUGGUGUCCGGACUGCUGUGUGGGAAACCAGCGAGGUGGGAGGUCGUCUUCGAUAUCGAGCCCUUCCUGAACGGCCGGGAGCGUGAGGAAAAGGUUCACGAGGAGCUGUGGAACGAGACCUUCCACCACAUGGCUGGACACUCCAUCAUACGCGACUUUGAGCACAUGGCGGAUAAGGAGUGUGACAUUGAGCACGGCUCUGGCAGAAAGUACCAGGUAUACGCUAUUCACACCAGCAAGGCCUGCAACAUACUGAGCAAACACACAGCGCUGGUUCCCAUCGACCUGGACACUAAUGAAUAUUUGCAGACGUGUAUUGAAUACAUAAACAGCAGUGAAGGUCUGAAGAGGGGCUCACAUUCCAGGUCUCGUUCAGGGAGCAGGAAAAACAGAGGCUACUCCAUCGGACUGGGUCGCUCUCAGUCUGGAGGCAUGUCUGAGGAAGCUGAAGAUGUCCUGCUGCCCAACAAUGGAGAGGAUGGUGUCUCUCCCUGCAGCACCCCCUCCUCCGCCGGCUGGGAGAGAUGUAGCUUCACAGAGGUCUCCCAAAGGAGUCCGUCCGUGACCUCCGACCAAUCACAGAAAUCGGUGGAGAGCCUUUUUUCUGCCAGGUUGGCCCUCAGCAGGACUCGUCUCCUGACUCGGGCUGCCAAAGGAUUCAUGUGUCGAUCUCACAGCAAGUCCGGUGAUUCAAUUGGAGAGAGUGACAACGAGAACAAAGACUACAUUCCUCUGGUGUUGUUGCAAUUGGCUAGUGGUGCAUUUCCCCUGGACACAGCACUGUGUGAUGCCAUUAGUGUGCCCAUGGACAAGCUAAAGUGGACAUCCCCCUUCACCAGCCACCGCAGCAGCCUUGGCCACCUGUCUCACGCCAGCAGCCGCCGUGCUGAGAGUGCCGAUGACGGACGCAAAUCACAGUGUGAACCAGAAACAUAUCAGCACACUAUAGGCAUCAACAGCCCUUUUCAUCUGUCCAGGAGUUCCUGGACGGAUGCUGGUCCUGCCUCAUUAGGCAGUCCUUCCGCCAGUGCUGAGCCUCGGCUCUCCCAACACUCCCAGGCGGACAGCGGACGGGGCUUUGGGUCAGGCGGCUUGGAAACAGCAUCGCCCGGCGGUGUGCUAAAGAGGAUGCUGGAUCCAGAGAGCAUGGUGUGGGCCACAGCGGUGGCUCUCGCCUGGCUGGAGCACAGCUCUGCCAGUCAUUUCAUAGAGUGGGAACUGGUAGCCGCCAAAGCCAGCAUGUGGUUGAGUGCGCAGGAAAUCCCAGAGGGCCGAGACUUAGCCUCCGUCAAGUCUGCUGCCAACCAGCUCUUCAUCAUCAUCAGACACUGGGAUGAGAACCUGCAACUGAACAUGCUCUGUUACAACCCUAACAGUGUCUGAGCCCUGCUAAUCCAAGGCUGAAAAUACAGACCACGGAAAGAACUCAAUUCCAUAUGAUACUAUGCUACCCGGAGCUGUACUAUUCUCUAUUCUCUGUUCGGCAGUUCGUCCUCUGAAGUCUGACUUUGCAGUUGUGAACAAUAUGUAUUUUCUUCUGUUUGUGUUGUUCCUCCAAACAUGUCACAGGCUCUUCACAGGCACUAUGUGCAAGCUAUUACCUUGUUUGUGCUAUAUACUGGAGCUGGAUCCGUGUUAGCAAGGGAUCUAGUCAGAGGUAUGUCACAGAUUUGAGUUUCAUGGCCAUGAAUGUCAGUGUUAAAUCAAUAGCAUGCUAGGCCACGGACCACCAACAUCUGAGAAAAGCUCUUAUUGUCAUCAUAUUGAUGUUAUGGGGAGAAUGCUGCAAAACAAUUGUAAGAAAAAAAAUGUUCCAUGCGUUGCUGUUUUUUACAUCUUUACAGCAUUUUCUGUAUUGAUUGUAUUGUGGAAAAAAAUGUUACAUGACAAUAUCUGGGUACUUGCUAGCGAUCUGUGUCUUUUCUACCGCCUGUUACCAUUACAGUGUUCUUAAUAUUUGCCAUUUCUGCAGUUUUAUUAAAGCAGACAGAAAAAUAUGCAAAAAGCUGAAGAAAAUUUAAAAUAUAUGUUAAGAUUUGUUUAAAAAAGAUGUAGCUUUGGUGGGAAUCUAUGAAUGUGUAACCCACUAGCAUGUUAUUUGCUGUUUAUUAUUUAAUGAUACAUACAGUUUAUAUUUUUUCACUUAUCUGAGUAUACCUGUCUUAGAGUAGAGGUUUUGAUCAUGCAUUCGUUUUUCGAUUCAUAGAGAUUAAUGCAGACCUGGAGUCGGUAGCACCAAACAGAUGGUUUAACUAAAAUUAGCCUUGUUAUGAGCUAAGGGUUUACUAUGUAAGUGGAUAUUUGCGUCUCACUAAUUUAAAUGGGGUUGCACCACAAAAACUAGUUCUUACGUAAAGAUUAGUUGUUAAUAUGUAUUAACACCUUGUAACUGGGUUAGGGUUAGUAUUGAGUUGGGUUGGGGUGGCAAUGGCCCAUUCACAAGUUGAAAAAAAUACCAGUGUCAUGGGACUUUGUACUGUGCAUGGGAAUUAUGCUUUUUGGGUCAGUAUGCGUCACGUGAUGAACGUAGAAAUUGCCAAAAUUGCCUAAUAGACCCGGACUUGAGACAUUCCUUACGUUUCAAUGGUCUUACCCGAUUUAGUAAAUCAUUAGUUUGAAAAUAGCUUGUUGAUUGCAACUUAGGAGGGACAAUACACACAAACUCAGUAAUGGAUUUAUUCACAGCUGGUGCAACACAAUCCUGAGGUCUAUGGGUAUGCUGCCUUGGGAUUCAGAGAGGAAGGAGCCCUGCUACAGUAGUUCUGUCAUGCUCACAGCUCAUUUACCGCAAGUGCCUAACCAAGGUUUAAAGUUGGCAGAAAAUGUAGAUCUGUUCGCUGCAGUUUAAUCACCGUGGGUACUGAUUGGUUCUUUUUCUUAAAUAUACAGCAGGUACCCUUCUUUCUUUCUUAUUUUGUGACUUGAAUCUGUGUGUGGCCCUUUAAAGGCAUCUUUCUGCAUUUAUUUCCCUCUCUUAUUCCAUCAGUGUUGCUUUACUCAGGUAUUUAUUAAUUUUCCUUCACUCAGGCUUGCAUAAAUCAGAGUUGCAUAAAUCCUUCUGCAUGAAAACAGGUGUUUAUUUUAUGAUAUUUAAUGACUGAAUUGCCACAUUGACUACAGUAGAUGUCAUAUAGUAAUAUUUUUGUGCUGUAAUUGCAGUAGUAAGUGCAGCUGUUAUAGUUAUAAAUUGUAUUUUUUAUGUACUGGGUCAGUUAUAAAGUGCAGUAUCUUUCAACUUGCUGUGUGUACUUUUAUAAAUGAUUGUUGACUGUUUGAGGCUGUAGAAAGCUUC